CUGCAGACACGCGCAAUGAUAGCCGGAAGCAUCGAUGGGAGGAAAAUAGAAAUCGAUUAAAUCCACCUGAAUUCGCGAGUGUAAACCUCUCACUUUCUGCUCUUUUCACCGUAAACCAUCGGCCUCUGGCGCUGCCAGUGUGCGGGGGGAGCCGCUGAGGAGCGGGAGAGCUGCUCCGUUUCAACCAAGUUGCUCGGCAGGGGUUUAGCUGACGUGUGGAGAAGUUGAGACUGCCACCGAGCAGAUAAACAAACAUAAACAAGCGGCGAUCAGCUGAGCGGCUGCCCGAACCGAGCCAGCGGCACUGAGCCGAGUCAGGGCGAGCGGCUCCCCUCUGCAGGAGCCCCCACCAUGAUCCACAGGAGACGCUGACUUUACACUGAUGCCAGGCUCCAUGUCAACUGUCAACACAAAGAAUAUUCGAGGCUCAACACGAGGAGCCGCAGCCACAGGCUUUAGCAGAAAACCUCUCUGCCUCUGGCACUGUCUCUUUGUCAAGACAGGCUAGCAUGGACAGCCGGUGAGGCUAGCUUCCAGUGUGCAGCUGUAACCAAACGAAUCCAUAUCCAAGUGCAAGGAGACGGAGAAGUGGGAUCACCAUGGCCCACCAGUCAACCCCGAGUUCCCAGAAGGCCCUGAUGAUGGAGCUGAAGUCCCUGCAGGAUCAGCCGGUGGAGGGCUUCCGCAUCACUCUGGUGGAGGAGUCUGACCUUUACAACUGGGAGGUGGCCAUCUUCGGGCCCCCAAACACCCUGUACGAGGGGGGCUAUUUUAAGUCUCACAUCAAGUUUCCAGUUGACUAUCCAUACUCCCCGCCAACCUUCCGCUUUCUCACCAAGAUGUGGCACCCCAACAUUUAUGAGAACGGAGAUGUGUGCAUCUCCAUCCUGCACCCUCCUGUUGACGACCCUCAGAGCGGGGAGUUGCCCUCUGAAAGGUGGAACCCCACCCAGAACGUCAGGACCAUCCUGCUGAGUGUGAUCUCGCUGCUCAAUGAGCCCAACACCUUCUCCCCAGCCAAUGUUGAUGCCUCUGUCAUGUUCCGUAAAUGGAGAGACAGCAAAGGCAAGGACAAGGAGUAUGCAGAGAUUAUCAGGAAGCAGGUGUUGUCAACAACGGCAGAGGCUGAGCGAGAUGGUGUCAAAGUGCCGACCACACUGGCGGAGUACUGCAUCCAGACCAGGGUUCCCUCCCAGGACAGCAGUUCAGACCUUCUCUACGACGAUCUCUAUGACGACGACAUGGAGGAGGAGGAUGACGAGGAUGACGAGAGCGAGAUGGAAUCUGUAGGCGAAGCCGGUGGGAUCAGCGGCAUGGAGGAUGGCGGGAUGUCCACCAGACGCUACGACAACCAGGACGACUCUGGCAAUGAAGACUCGUGAUGAUCAGGAUCAGAACUCCCCCCUGCCAACUCCCACACCACUCCCCUGUUAAGUUGCGUGUGUGUGUGUGUGUGUGUGUGUGUGUGUGUGUGUGUGUGUGUGUGUGUGUGUGUGUGUGUGUGUGUGUGUGUGUGUGUGUGUGUGUGUUUGCACACACAGUGGGGUCAAAAGUCUACUGCCAAAAUAUUUUCAUCAUUUAUUAAACUAGUACAGAGGAUUGGUCAAACAAUAGUUCUGUCAGGUACUGUUUUCACUGAUAGUCAGAUUUCCACCGUUUGCCUUAAUUACAGCUUGCACUGCAUCGGUCCAGGAUGAAAUGUCUGGCAGAGUCUGAGAAUUGAAAUUAAUCCAGCCUUGUUUGAGAGAGAGCGUUUCUGAUGUUGCGUUACAUUUAAAAAAAAAUUUAAUGUGGAGGCAGAGGAUCCAUCUUCUUCCUCACAGUUUAGAAAUGAUGGCAUGCGUCUGCAGAGGGGAGCAGUAUUAGUUUAUGGUCAGGGAGUGAUUAAUCAUGUGAGUUCAGACAAGGAAAAACAUCCACACACAUUCUUAAUUUCAUCACCAUGUUCAACUCAAGGUUUUAAUUUCCUGCUUUGCUUUCUCAUGCAACCAGCUCCUCACAUUAUUGUAAGUGGUUGGGUUGCAACCAGUCUGGCCGAGUCUAAACCAUUAUAGUUUUUCGCUGCAGCCUAUUGAUCUUUUAACUUUAGUUUUGUUUCACCGAUUUGCAUCUUGUAUGCUGACGCAGCUCCUUCUGAAGACACUGGGUUAGGUCUGUGUGGUCCCCGUUUGGAUGAAAACAAAGACAAACAGUUUAUCAUGGUCAGGCAUUAGAACGAGUAACCACCACAAAAAUGCCACAUUGUGUAGGAACAUACAUGUGUUGAUAUUUGAAAUUGAAUUCAGCAAUAAUUUGAGAUAUCUUUCCAUUACACAUACCUGUAAUUCAUUUUAGAAAUGUCCCCCCCCCCCAAAAAAAAUCCCAUUUUCGAGUUCCAUAUGACGUAUUAUUUAUUUGAAAUCUAUUCAAAUUUAGUUCAUUUUGGAUUUUGAUAAAUGAUGAAAACAAACUGUGUCUGUGUGGUGGUCUCUUGUACCCCACUGUAUCUGGACGGCUCUUUGUCUGCUGACACGUCAGUCUGUAUGGUUUUGUGUUGUAAGACUGUCUUUUUAUGUACAUCGCAGUUGACGUUUUGUCCCUCUUAACUUCUCCCUUGUUUUCUCUGGGACUGCUCAGACGGUCUGGUUAAUGGACUCUUUGAUGGUCAUCCACCAGAGGAUGAACUGGACGUCUUGUCUCGUCACUGUCCCAUGUCUGAAUAUCUCUGUCCCCCUUAACACCUUUCUAUUCAACUUUGAUGCAAUCAACUUCAACUGAUAACACACAGGCUAUGCUGUGCCACCCCCUCCUGUACCUACCUUUACAUGUGUCCAUCACAUCUGUUCCUUCAUUGCUCCAAGCAGCAUCAUUUGUUGUGGGGGUGAACAAGGUGAAGACCUUUGCUCACACCAUCUCCUAGACCUCUCUCUGCCUCUUAAACCUCAGGGCCUCAAUAGAUUUUCACCGAGAGAAAGAAAAUAGUCAUAGAGAAACCGAAGACACAAACUGCGACUCACCGGCACUGUUUUUCUUAUUUUCUGGGUGUUAUUAGAGAGCAGAGAGUGAACUAAAGUCUCUAAACCCACCGCCAGCAUGUUUACACAUGACUGAGUACUGCUGUUGGUCCUGAUUAGGGUUGUUUGCAGUAGUUUUCUUCUUGGUAGGCUAGAGUCAAAAUUUAAGAUCUACAUACACCUGUAGGGACUUUGUCCUCAAGCCAGUGGUCACAUUAUGUUGCAAUAGAUGUGAAAAUGUUACAUUUUGCGCUGUGACUCCAAAUCAUGCUUUAACUAGUGAAAACUGGACGUUUUUACUGUGCUGAAUCACUUGCAAAGAUCAACAGGGACAAAAUCAACAUGCAGCUUCGCUACACACGCAUUUGAAUGAAUAUGACACUGAUUGCCUGUUAUUUGUUUGUGUGUGUGUGUGUGUGUUUGUAUCUACAUUAACUAUUCAUCCAUUGACUGUGAUGUCAGGGUUUUAAUGUUCCUGUCUCUGUGGAAUCGGUCUGUCACACGAGUGAGUUUUCCCAAAUGACCCUUUGGGCUUUGUCCAGUCGAGAAAACAUUCAGUGUGUUUUCCCUGUGCUGCUUCACUGGGUCUGAAUUCACUGAGAGAUUUGACUGAUUUAAAAAAAACACCCUCUGAGUAUUAAACUUGUGAAGACACUGAACAGACUAAUAUGACCUGUAUGGCAUGGAGUAAACUACAGGGUUGAGCUGGGUAACAGUUGUGGGUGAGAAUCAUUUGCCCUGUUCAACAGGACGGACGGAGCACUGGGACACACCUUUGAUUCACACGGCUGGAUUUUAUGCAAAGUUCAAAGAAAACCCCUGCGAUGGCUCAUGUUAAAGACUAUGGAGCCAUGGAUGCAUGUAGUGGAUUUAACGCUGUUUAAAUAAACUCUUAAAGAGAUUCCUUUUGGAUUUUAAUGUGAAGCCAAAGGAGAGGAACACUUUCUCCCGGUCCGGCCGCCCGCUGAGCUUUAGCGGCACACAGAGACUAGAUUCUUUGCAGGACUUUGAGAGGAAGUCUCCUGAACCGGAUCUUACUUGGAUUUGAUAUCAAGGCACAACAGGAAGUGGAGCGACGCCAGAGAUUCUGAACUUUUAUUAUUGUGGUACCCAUGUUUGCCCAUUCAUCACCAUAUAGAGAAGUGGAACUAUAGUCGGUAACAGAAAGAACCAAUCUCAUGUGUGCCUUCAAAAGGGAUAUUUCGUUAUUUGGGUGAAUAUGCUUAUUUGCUUUCUGGUGGCGAGUUAGAGAGAUCAAUACCAUCUCAUGUCUGUCAAAUCUGAAGCUAGCAAUUAGCUUAGCUAAUCACAAUGACUGAACAAAUCCAGCAGUAACAACAUUCACAGCAGCACCAGUUCAGAUUAGUGAUUUAAUAUAUCGUCAACAAUUUAGGAGCAAAGAUUACUGUUUGUUUGUUUGCCAUAUACUUGUCGGGGUCUCUGCUCAUAGCCUGACCACUGCUUUUAGCAAAUCGUCCAACACAUAAAAUGGCAUAAAACAAGUUUGGUUUAGAUAAAAAAGGUGUUAAUGAUCAAGCUGUAGGUGCUGGGAGGCUCAUUUUGGGAAUCAUAGACAGGAGCAGGCUGCUCCCUGUGGCUUUAUAUGGAACAGGAAGCCAGGAGGAGAGCGCGAUCAGUCUUCUCAUCUAACUCCCUGCCGAAAAAAGUGAUCAUGCAUAUUUCUUCAAAAUAUUUGACUAUUCCAAUUUAUUCUUAAAACCCAAAACUACAGCCAGCAGCAGAUUAGCCUAGCUUGUCACAAAGAAUGGAACAGUACUGCCUCUGUCCAAAGGUAACAAAAUGUACCAGCACUUUUUAAGCUCACUAAUUAAUAUAUUGCUGGUAAUUCAAAAAACAUCAUAUAUUUAUAUCUAGUAAAAAGAUUCGGUGCCAGAUCAUUUAUCUGCGUUUUCAGAGAACCAUGCCAGGGGUUUUUCCUCUGUUUUCCGGGCCUCGUGCUAAGCUAAGCUAACCUGCAGGCUUGCAGCAGCAUCAUAUCUCACUGACAUACAUGAGAGUGCUUUCAAUCUUUUCAUCUAACUCUCAAGUAAUCAAAGGGUGUCCCCCAAAAUGUGGAUUUUCUGCUUUAAAGCCAAGUUUUUGCCUCGGAUUGCAAGUUAAAAAUCUGAAUCUGCAUCAUUGUUUUUGUUUGAGUAAAGUCCAGGCGUAUAACAGCCCUCACAUUAGUAAUUCAAUGAUCAGUCUAGAGCUCUGCGGUAUUAGAAUCAUCCACUUAAAUGUUUGCCUUGAGUUUUAUGAGUGCAGGUGUAGCAAAGAGAGGGAGAGACGGGGAUUCCCAAACUCAACCCAAGUAAUGACACACACUAAAAAUGGAUCACAGUCUAAGAUAUUGAGAUAUUAUUCCAUACACACUGUUACGUGCAAAAGAGACUGAAUGACAUCAUUUAGUUCAUCUAAUCCGUGUGUGUGUGUGUGUGCACAGAUGUGUGUUUUUUUAAGUUUGGGGUGGAAGGAACACUGUGCGGUCCCCCUGAGGCCUUCGCACAGUCACACAUGUAAUGGACUGAACUGUUCACAAUGCUACCACUAGCGUGUACUCUACACACCUAUCGAUGUUAAUGCUGUCCUUGUUGGUUUCAUCUUUGAUUUUAUUUCAUUAUUUUUCCUCCAAUUUUUGUGUUUUCGAGGAUGCAAACGUCACUCAUAAAGUUUCUAUUGUAAAAAAAACAAAAAAAAAACAUUGUUGGGUUUGUUUAGCAAAAUUGCUUUGGUAUCAGUUGCUAAGCCUACAUGUCAUGCAGAACAGGCAACGCAGCGACCUGGUAUUUGGGGUAGAUUUAGGACUGAUAUGCAAGUGGAGGGGUUUCAGUUAUUGUGGUAAGUUGGAAAAUGAUUAAAAAAUAAAUCAGUAUGUCAUUAAAAAA